AUGGGGGCGAUAUCGAACAUAUCGCUGGAGCGGGAGAGGUUCCACUUCAAUCACUUCCGGCCAUCGAACAUGCAAGAUGUUGAGGUGUACUACACGUGGGAGAUGGACUUCAACAGGAGUUUACUUGGCGCUGCUACCCUGCUGAUUCCGAAGAAACCGACCUCUUCACCGGUUUCCGCAACUAUGCCAGUAUGGGCACACAACUCCUGGGUGUGUGUGUUUGCGGCCAUGUUGGCUGUGGCCAUUGGGGGAAAUGCGAUCGUUAUCUGGAUUGUUACAGCACAUCGUCGGAUGCGAACAGUGACCAACUACUUCCUUGUUAACCUGUCUUUCGCUGACCUGAUGAUGGCAUCGCUCAACUGCUUGUUCAACUUCAUCUACAUGCUACACAGUGACUGGGUGUUCGGCGUGCGCUACUGUCAGCUGAGCAACUUCAUCGCGAAUGUGACGGUCGCCGCCAGCGUGUUCACUCUCACGGGAAUCUCCUUCGACAGAUAUCAGGCCAUUGUGAGGCCAAUGAGGCCGCGUAUGUCGAAGACUUGCUCGCUGAUAAUGAUAGGAGUCAUUUGGCUGAGUGGCAUGCUGCUUGCCAUACCCUGCCUGUUGUAUUCCACCACAAAGGAGUACAGAUCAAAAGGAACACUGAAGACGGCAUGUCUAUUGUCUUGGCCUGACGGCUUACCCGAUGUGUCCUACAUGGAUUUUAUCUACCAGGUCCUGUUCUUCGUGAUAACGUACGCGGUACCGAUGCUGGGAAUGACGUUCUUCUACUCCGCCAUGGGGAAGGUGCUGUGGGGUUCCCGGUCUAUUGGGGAACUGACGCAGAGGCAGCUGGACUCGAUACGGAGCAAGAGAAAGGUGGUGAAAAUGUUCAUCCUGGUGAUAGUGAUCUUCGGCAUCUGCUGGCUGCCGUACCACUCCUACUUCAUCUACACCCACUUCAACCCCUCCAUCCUCUACAUGAAGUAUGUCCAGCACGUCUACCUGGCCUUCUACUGGCUGGCCAUGGCCAACGCGAUGGUCAACCCCAUCAUAUACUACUGGAUGAAUGCUAAGUUCCGCUCGUACUUCCGCACGGCCAUCUUGUGCCGGUGGCGGGACACCUGCCUGCGCCGGAAGCGCCCCCUGCCGGACUCCCCCCCGGACAACUCCCACUCUGCCAGCAGAUCCAGAUCAGGUUUUUACUCGUUAACAUAUCGAGGAACACAAAGGCUUCGGAAGAAGUGCGCGAGUCGAGUGGGGGAGCUGUGCGCGCGUCGGCGGCCAGAGGUCGCUGAGACCGCCUUCGCUUGCUAGCUGCCCGAGGUGCCCGCAUAGGACUUACUACGAUGCGUUCAUCCACGGACUCAAAGUGUAAGCGUUCGUUUUCUAUUGGACUUUUGAUCUCAUUAUAA